GGUCGUCCAUUGUGCAGGCCCACUCACUGACAUGGCUUACUACUUAAUAGAGUGGAGCCCUUGUUCACAUUGUUAAGCCAAACCUGUGCUUUCCCUGCUCUGACAGGUCAAGAUGUCUGCCGUGGGAAAAAAAGGGUCUAUCUCGUGACAAUACCCAACUUUAUGUUCUCGUAAGUUUUCUUGUGAGCUGGUGAGGACGGGACACUGUGGAGAACACACCGUGAACCUGCAGCGUGAACGCAGCACACCUACAGUGAGUCCACCUCUGUCCCAUGUGCCACCGCCGCCGCCGCGCGCAGACAAGUCCAGUCCUCAUCGUGUGCACGAGCCGGACGGUCACACCGACUGCACACCGCCGACAAACACACAUCGGAACACUUUCUGCUCCGGAAGAAAUGAAACGAGACGGCGAGCUUUAACAGCACCCGCACGACGCAGACAAACCACCGCUGCGGGUUCGGUUCGUAAGUGCCUGGUGGGUUAGUUGGGGGGGAACGGGGACUGCCGGGGCGCCCUGAGUCAAUGUGCCGGAGAGCGGAGAGAAGAGGAGAGCGGGUCGGAGGCUGCUCGCUGCCACUCGGACUCUGAGAGCACCGAAAGGCGCUCGGUGUGGAGAGAGUGGACGACAGCGUCCCUUGUUUCUUCAAAACCUGCCCCAACCUGAAGAGGUGAGAGAGGAGAGAGUUUGGGGGCCGUUUUUCUUUCCUACGAGAGGCAACACCCGCACUUUGGAGAGACCCAACUUCAGCGUCGCCGUCGACCCGAUGCUGGGAGCUGUUGGAGGAGUGAGGAGACGCGCGGCGUAACAUGGAUAUCCGAGAGGGGAUAAACAUCGGCGAACACCACAGGGGACGCACACAGAAGAACGGUGAAAGUGCUGCAAAGGACAAAGCCAGGCUUCUACACACCUGUGAUUGGAUGUGAGCUUGUAUUGACCUGAGACCAUUAAAAUGGAGUUGCUAUGGAAACUUGUUCUGCUGCUGUCAUUGGUGGAUUGUCUGGCAGGAAGCGGAGUCCUGCUGAGGCCCGUGUUCACCAAACAACCUGGCAGUGUGGUGUUUCCCCUUGAACCUGGCGAGAAUCGCAGAGAGGUGGUGUUCAGCUGUGAGGCCCAGGGACACCCUCCGCCCUUCUACAGGUGGAAGCUCAAUGACUCUUUCAUCCUGCCCAGGCCAGGGUCACGUUACUCUCUGAUGGGAGGAAACUUACACAUCAGCCAUCUGACUAAAGAGGGAGACGUUGGCAUCUACCAGUGCCUGGCAUCCAACUCGUUUGGCACCAUCAUCAGCAGAGAGGCCAGUCUGCACAUUGCAUACCUGGAGAACUUCAAGACCCAGAGAAGAAGUCCAGUGAGGGUUCGUGAAGGUCAAGGAGUGGUCUUACUGUGCGGCCCACCACCCCACUCUGGAGAGCUUACCUUCACAUGGAUCUUCAACGAGUACCCAUCGUUCGUCAUCCAGGACACACGGCGAUUUGUGUCCCAGAAGACGGGCAACCUGUACAUCGCCAAAGUAGAACCUUCUGAUGUGGGCAACUACACCUGUGUUGUUAAAAACACAGUCACCAAAAGCAGCGUUCAAGGACCACCGACUCCUCUAGUGCUGCGGGUCGAUGGUGUGAUGGGCGAAUACGAGCCAAAGAUCGAAGUGCAGUUCCCUGAAGUCGUCCCUGUUGCUAAGAGCUCAACUGUUCAACUGGAAUGUUUUGCACUUGGAAACCCCGUGCCAACUAUCAGCUGGAGAAGAGUGGAUGGAGCCGCUUUUGGCAGGAAGGUGGACAUAAAUAAAGCCAGCGGAGUUUUAGAGAUCCCUUACUUCCAGCAGGAGGAUGCGGGGAUAUAUGAAUGUGUGGCUGAAAACAGCAGAGGAAGAAACUCGGUGAAAGGAAAGCUGUCUUUCUAUGCUGCACCUCACUUGACUGAGAAGCCUCAGGAUGUUCAGAAGCGCAUUGACGACACUCUGGUGUGGGAAUGCAAAGCCAGCGCCAAGCCCAAGCCCUCAUACCGCUGGCUGAAGAACGGAGAGCCGCUGGACCACAUGGAGCAGGACAGGGUUCAGGCGAACAAUGGAGUGCUGACGAUCAGCAGCUUGAAUCUGGCCGACAUCGGCAUGUACCAGUGUGUGGCAGAGAACAAGCACGGCCGCAUCUUCACCAACGCCGAGCUCCGAGUCAUAGCUAUCGCUCCAGACUUCUCCCAGAACUUGCUUAAGGCCCAGACACUGGCCCGACAAGGUGGCGAUGUCCUGAUCGAAUGCAAGCCCCGGAUGUCUCCUCGGGGGAUGAUUUCUUGGAGGAAGGGGAAGGAAGCCUUGAGAGAGAGCCACAGAGUCACAGUGUUGGAUAAUGGAAGCCUCCGGAUUUCCAAUGUCACCAAAAUGGAUGCUGGACUGUACACGUGUGUAGCCAGAAACCAGUUUGGAGUCGCGAGCAGUGCCGGCAGCCUUUUGGUUAAAGAACCAACUGCGAUCACCAGUCCGGCUGGGCAUCUGGACGUGACGGUGGGUGAGAGUAUCGUGCUGCCCUGCCAGGUGUCUCAUGACCCCACACUGGACCUCAAGUUCACGUGGUUCUUCAACGAGCAGCUUAUCCACUUUGGAAGCCAGUGGGCGCAUUUUGAAAAAGUUGGCGGGCGCUCAGCAGGUGACAUCAUGAUCCGGAACAUUAAACUGAAGCAUGCUGGGAAAUAUACGUGUGCCGUUCAGACCAAGGUUGACAGCGUGUCGAUUGCCACUGAUGUGGUAGUCAGAGGUCCCCCCGGCCCUCCUGUGGACUGUCAGGUGACCGCAGUGACAGAGACCACUGCCUCAGUGUCCUGGGGACCUGGGAUGGACAACCACAGCCCCAUCCUCAGCUACACCAUCCAGGCCAGAACACCCUUCUUUCUCGGCUGGCAAGCUGUUACCACUGUCCCUGAGCUGCUCGGGGGGAAGCAGCUGUCAGCCACUGUCAUUGACUUGAGUCCCUGGGUGGAGUACGAGUUCAGAGUCCUGGCAACCAACAGCAUUGGAACAGGAGAGCCAAGCACACCCUCCAAAAAGGCCCGCACCAAAGAAAUGCUUCCCAGGGUGACUCCAGCCAGAGUGAAUGGCGGUGGUGGAGGGCGUUCCGAGCUUGUCAUCACUUGGGAGCCCGUUCCUGAGGAGCUGCAGAGCGGUCCGGGCUUCGGCUACGUGGUGGCUUUCCGCCCACUGGGGGCGCCGGGCUGGAUGCAGGCUGCUGUCACCUCCCAGGACGCCUCUAGAUAUGUGUUCAAGAAUGAGAGCAUUCCCCCCUUCUCUCCUUACCAAGUCAAAGUCGGGGUUUACAACAACAAGGGAGAAGGCCCGUUUAGUCCAGUGACCACCAUCUACUCAGCAGAGGAAGAGCCGAGCAGAGCUCCGGGGAGGCUGAGGGCGAGGAGUGUAUCGGCGUCCGAGGCAGAGGUCACCUGGAAGCCACUAGCCUGGAGCAACAACCGCAGACGCAUCCUGGGCUAUGAGCUGCAGUACUGGGGUGAAAGACAGAAGCAGGACACAGCCAGUGCCAUCAGGACAGUAGGGAAUAAAACUUCAGUACUCAUCAGGGAUCUGGAGGGCAGCAGUACCUAUUACAUCUCCCUGCGGGCGUAUAACAGUGCUGGAGUGGGUCCACAGAGCAGCAUAGUCAAUGUCACAACCAAGAAACCGCCGCCCAGUCAAGCCCCGGUCAAAAUCAUGUGGAACACUUCCGACUCCAAGGUCAUCCUGAGAUGGGACCAAGUCCAUGCUCUGGAGAAUGAGUCAGAAGUGACAGGAUAUAAGGUGAUGUACAGCCAGGACAAACACAGUCGUCCCAGCGUGGUGGAGACCAACACCACCUCCUUGGAGCUGUCGCUGCCAGUCAACCAGGACUACGUCAUCCAGAUUAAACCCUUCAGUGAGGGAGGGGAAGGCAGCAGCAGCCGUCAGAUUACCAUCCCCAAGAUAGCAGGCUCCAUAGCCGUGGGUGCUGCCCCGGAGUCUUUUGUGUUCCCUGCAGUCAACCUCGCAGCGUUAAUCCUCACAGCACGGACUGUACUAUGACAAACGUCUGCAGAAACCAGGCACCGCAGCUGCUUGUUAAUGGGAGAUACAGCGGGUCAAAGACAACAAGAGGCUGACAGAGGCGUUUCUACCUGCUCCCCGCCCUGCCCUACUGAGUCUUUCCUCUUCUUUCUUACAGAGAUCUCAUUGUGAGGAGGGUUCUUGUCCUCCACCACUGAGUUACUGAAAGGAACUGGCUCUUUCAGAAGUUGCUAUUAUGGAACUGAAAGGACACGUGACUCGACUGCAGUCUCUUUGAAGACGUUUCUUUCUCUGCUCCCUUCUAACCAAUGGAUGUUCUCAUAUGGUUUUAACCUCGGAUGCCCGGUGGUGUGUGAGGCACAGUAGGAUGUGUAUAUGUUUUCUCUGUGGGACUGUGCAAGCUCUGUUUAAUGGAUGUACAGUAUGUACCUCUGGACUUUUGCUGGAUGAUGGGAUUUUUUAUUUUGCCUGGAGGAGAUCUAAAGCACUUACACUGCUCAUAUUUAUGUGAGUGAAGUUCUAUUAAAUGUUUUCUCUAGCUCCUCUUUUUGGACUGUCUUUGGGAAACUUCCAGCACUCGCUGAAAAAGGACAACCAACUGUUACUAAUCCCUGCAGAAAAACAGGGAGCUAAGCCUCAUUCCUUUAUGACAAACCUGAAUUUGGGAACUUUGUGACUUUGCCUGGAUUGUAUUUGCGCUUUUUACUUUCCGCCACAUUACAUCGAAACCUCAGAGACUGUAACCAAAGGUAUUGAGCCAGUGAGGUUCAGUUCCACCUGUUGUAUCAUUGUGAGAAAAUGCAGCGUGUAGACCCCCCAAAAUAUGGCUUCCAUUGUAAACAGCAGGCUUGUGUUGAUUAAUUGAUGUCUUACCUCCCUCUCUCGUCCAUGAUAAGUGUGUAACAAAGGAACGCUGAGCAGUGUGAGCCGCAUUGUUGUUCACUGUAUGUAUGAAAUCCUCAGGUCCCAAAUGAGCCUUAAGUCUUAUUAUUAUUAGUAUCUAUGUUGUUCUUGUUCCAGAGAAGUUUAAUUUAUUUUCCGUCUUGUUUAUCCGCAUUGUAUUUUGGCUCACUCAUGCUAUAAUUUAUGAAGAACUGACCUUAAUGUAGACUAUCUUGAGUCUUUGCAUUUUUAUUACUUUUUAUUAGAUCAUAUCUUUGGGCGUUUUGGGCUCAGAAAACAAACAUGCCUUUCUCCUCCGUCUUUCAUGAAGAGCAUUGUAAUACAAGUGGCGGUGAUAACUGACUUUUCUAACAUAGCUUCUUACAAAGCGGGGGGGUGGUAUAAUGUCAGCUGCUGUUUGGCAUGACAAUGGUCAGUGUACGUACCUACGUUGCUUAGGAUGUCUGAAUGGAUCAACCUGCUUUCAAUAAACAUAAGGCCAUUUUCCUCA